AUGUCCGGCAUACUGGAACGUAUCAAACUCUGGGGCCUGGCUACAACGUAUGGCUUGCUGGUUCUCCUGCACAUCAUCAGGCAAUGUUAUAGAAAAGGAGUAGGAAAAGUUUUUCAUUGGAAACAAUGGGAGCGACCAGCGAUCCUGGAUGAUCCCAGUUUUGGGACACAUGGAUUCUUAACUCUUAAGGAUGUUCGAAUUCACUAUGUAGCAAGUGGACCAGAAGACAAGCCAUUAAUGCUGUUUGUACACGGAUUUCCUGAGUUCUGGUACUCAUGGAGACAUCAGAUACGGGAGUUUCAGAAAGACUACAGGGUUGUAGCCAUUGAUAUGAGAGGUUACGGAGAGUCCAGCAAACCUUCGGGAAUUGAGAACUACACCGUUACCAAACUGGUGUCUGACCUUCAGCAGAUUAUUCCUGCAUUGGGCUACAAGAGCUGUGUGCUGGUGGCUCACGACUGGGGCGGUGCAGUGGCGUGGGCUUUUGCUCGGUUUAACCCUACCCUGGUGGACAAGUUGAUCGUCAUGAAUGUCCCACCGUCGCCUGUGUUCUCCAAAGUGCUUCCAACCAACAAGUAUCAGCAAAAGAAAUCCUGGUAUAUGUUCUUCUUUCAACUUCCUUUUCUACCUGAGCUGAACUUCAAACUGGAUGACUUUUCCCUGUUUGACGAGUUGUUUGUCUCUGAGAGAAAUUCAGACAUUUCCAAAGACGCAAAGAAAGCUGCAGAGAAUAUUGUUCCUUACAAAUAUGUCUUCUCGCAACCAGGAGCCCUAACCCCGCCUAUCAAUUACUACCGAGCACUGUUUAGAACUACCCGGGGAACCUAUGACUUGGACUACCAAAUGCCCGUACUUCUUAUCUGGGGAUGUAAAGAUACGGCUUUGGACAUUGCUCUUCCUGACGCUGUGGAGAAAGAGACAACUAAAAUUGAAGUGAAGAGGAUUCCUGAUGCUAGCCACUUUGUGCAAGUGGAUGCCCCCGAGGAGGUCAACAAGCUGAUGAGAGAGUGGCUAAAUAAACAGAAAAAAUAG